UAUUUUAGAAAUGGUAACCACCAGGUCAAGGUCAAAAAAUAAUCGUGCUGCAGACAAAGAUCGCUCAAAAGAAAGAUACGCAUAUCGACCUCGCUCAACAUUCGAAGAAUCAGAUGCACUUGUUGGUUUCAAAACUAUCGAUCAUUAUCUACAAUAUGAUUGUCUGCUAACUCGAGAAGAAUUACAUCGGCUGGACGAGCACGUUUAUUCUGCAGUUGACACCUCCUGGCUCGACGAGCUGUGUAUGAAGAAGUUUUGGGAAGCUGUAGUGCUUUAUUAUCCGCUUUGGGUUGCUCCGAAUUUACUGACCCUCAUUGGUUUGAUAGUGAAUUUGACAACUGUACUCGUACUUUCUUUCUACUGUCCAACAGCUACUGAAACUGCACCCGCGUGGGCCUAUUUUCUGGCCGCAUUCGGGCUUUUUGUGUAUCAAACGUUAGAUGCAACUGAUGGAAAACAAGCAAGAAGGAUUGGGGCGUCUAGUCCUCUGGGAGAACUUUUCGAUCAUGGAUGUGACUCGGCGUCACAGGUGUUCGUAACAUUAAAUGUAUGCUACGCUUUGCAAUUAGGAUCUGUUCGAUGUGGAGUUUUCAUCGCCUGCCUAAUCUCCGUUUCGCUUUUUUACACGGCACAUUGGAGCACAUAUUGUACUGGCCAGCUCAGAUUUGCUCGAUUCGAUGUUACUGAAGCUCAAUGGUCUAUUAUUUCAAUGCUUCUCUGUACAUCACUCUUUGGACCAAAACUCUGGAGUGUUGGAAUAUUUGGAUAUGCUCUCAAGCAUCUCCUGCUAGCCUGUGUUGGUCUUGGAACGAUUUAUCAGGCACUGGGCUACUUAUCAGUCAUCUUCACAGAUGGUGUUGGAAAGAAUGGAUCAACUGUUGCUGGAACAUCAGUUCUCUUCCCAGCCUGCCCACUUCUUGCAGUCAUUGUUCCAUAUUGUAUGAUCUACAGCAAAUCGGCAUCUGGCGUCUAUGAUGAUCUUAUUGUUAUAUUUGUUCUUCAAUUUGGAGCCGUUGCGGCAAAAGCCACAAAUCGUCUGAUUGUUGCACACAUGAGCAGAAGUGAGCUCUCACUUUGGGAUUGGAUCUACAUGGGGCCAAUCGCAUUGAUGAUCAAUCAAUACUACGACAUCAAAAUCAAUGAGCCAACUCUUCUGAAGUACACGACUGUUUACGUUUAUGCAUCACUUUUAGUCUACUGUUUAUUCAUAACGCGCCAAAUUUGCGACCAUAUGGGCAUUUAUUGUUUCAAAGUCACUGCACCAAGAGCUGGAAGUAGCAAGUAAUUUCGAUUGUAUAAUUAAAUAUGGCUUUUCACCUAUAGUAAUUUGUAAUUUUAAUUGUAAAUGCGGGUGUUUAUGAGCGGAAAAGGAAUGUUUUGAAGUGCAACGCGUAAUGCGUCGCGGUCUCAAUUUCUUAUCACAACCACAGAUCAAUCACUUUUCAUCUUUUUUUUUGUCUCAUCGUCUAAACCUUCAAGAAUUCUAACGACUACGUAAUUCUAAAUAACUGAAUGAGCAAAUUGGGGAGAAAAUUACAUUUUCGUUGCGAGACCUUUCGUUUUUGAGCGUCCUGUGCCUUUGAAGAGAUUACUGUAUGGAAAUAUUGGUUUAACUUUUUUUUCAGAGUUUGCGGAUAUAAUUUUUCUUUUUUUUCGUAUCUAUUUAAUCGAAAUUUAGAAAACAACUAUUGUUAUAAUGAUACUGUGGUCCAAUUGUUAAGGCGAAUAACUUGAAAAUAGUUCCAAACGAACAUAAAUUUUCCGCUCAAACCUCGCAAAUCAUAUUUUUCCUAUCUAAUAGAGUAACUUCGCUUCCACAUUAGUUUAUCAAAUUUCGCUUGAUGACAGACGUGUAACCUUUUCUCCCCGCUACCUAGAUAGACGUAAACCUACACAACUUCUGCCACACAAAAUUCACUCUCUCACAUUCACUCCUCGCUGUAUAAAAUUCUCGGUUCAAUAGGGCGAAGCUGCAACGCGGCGAUGAUUUCUAGUCGCACGACCGGCGGUUCCUGGUUUUUGCGACCGCCACGGCCACGCUCUCUCUAUCUGCUCUCUGCUCUCGGCGCGCUGUCUCUCGCUAGCCUGCCGACGUUUCUCCUUGUCAAUCGAACCACUUCUAUUCGUUGUAGAAUGCCGUGCAGUGCGCUCUCUUCCACAUCUUCCGCUUUUUCCAACAACUUCUGUGAGCUUUUUUACCACAUCUCUCUCCCCCCGUUUAGUCACAGGAAUUACUCGUUUUUUUGUCUCGUUUACCUUUACUUUGAUUUUUUCCUUUACAAAAGUUCUUGUAAAUUGAAUGAUAAAUUGAUUUAUAUUCCAA